AUGACGUCAGAGGAGCAAAGUCCCUUAAAUGUACUCGUCUUGACUGUUUUUAAGUCUAACCCAAAAUUGUUUUCAUAACUGUUACAGCGCCAUUUUGCUGUUUAAUGUAGUGAUUUAUGCUGAGCGAUUUUUGACUUUUUCGUUUCGAUUUUGAUUUUUUAAGGUUGUUUUGCAUGUUUUAGGCUUAUAUUGAAGGCUAAAUUUCAUUUUUUGGCUUGCUUUUUCUAUAUUUAUAAAUUUAGGUAACAAAUUGUAAAAUUAUUAAGAAUUUUGUAAUUUCAAAAUUUUUUAAAAAAUAUUUUUGUUUAUUAAAUUUCAAUAUUUUUUUGAAAUUUUAAAUUUUUGUGAAAUUUUAAAUGAAAUAUUUUUUUAAUUUUAAAAUUUCAAAAUUCCCUUUCAGAUGUCAUCAGAAACUGGAACUAGUAAUGUAACGAGUGCUGAACGCGAAACAGCAGCUACAAAACAAAAAGACAGUGGAUCUGAAGCCAGUUUAACCCAGUCCACGGAGAAGCAUGGUAUUACUGGUCUCAGCUGGUUCGUCACAGCCCUAUUUAUGCUUGGUGCUUUAGUGGGUGGCGGUUUGGUCACGCUACCGUUGGCUACAGUUCGUACUAGUAAGUGUAGUUUAUAUCUUUUUUAAAAGUUUUUAUAUAAAUCUAAAGUGUAAGAACAACUUUUACAGUGUUAUACGGUAGUUUUACUGUAUUUUAGCCAUCGUUUUGUGUUUUUCUUUCAACUUUUCAAAAUUUUCAUUUCCAGAUAUCUACGUUAGUAUAUUUUUCAUCGUUCUCAUGGGCUUAAUGUCCAUUUACUCAGCUCACGUUCUUGGCCUAUGUUGGAUUAUGUUAAUGGAUCGAUGGCCAAAGUAUCGUCAGCAUUGUCGCAAACCGUACCCGGAAAUCGCCACACGAGCUGGUGGCAAGUUCUGGAAGUAGGUUAAUAUGAAAAUGAUUUUUACUUUCUUUGAUAUACUGAGUCUCCACGGCACAGCGGCUUAAUUUGAUGUUAUACAUCUUUUUUAUCAUUUAUAUAUCUUUGCACUCCCUUACAAGAUAUAAUGUACAAUAUAAAUCUUAUGCUAUAUAGCCCAUACUUUUCAGAUUCGCUGUCUCAGUAUGUGUAGAUGUAACACAAUUCGGCACGGCCGUCGUGUACCUUUUACUAUCAGCCAAGAACAUCCGUGACAUCAUCCUCAUCUACACAUCAACCGAGAUCAGUUACUGUUAUGUAGUGCUGAUUGUAGCUGCUUGCUUCCUACCGUGCACGAUGCUCAGAUCUCCACAAGACUUUUGGGGAGCAGUCAUCAUGGGUAUGGCAACAUCAGCAAUAUCAGCUGUUCUGAUUACUGCUAGUGGUUUCUUGGACUACAGUACUUGUGGGCCGGUCAGAGAACUGCCUCCGACCAUGGUAACCAACUACUUUUUGGCUGUAGGAACGUACAUGUUCAGCUUCUGUGGUCAUGCGGCAUUUCCGACUAUUCAACACGACAUGAAGAAGCCUACUGACUUCACUAAAAGUGCUGCUACGGCGUUUACCAGUAAGUACUACGGACUUUAUGUUUAUUGUAUCAGUGUUAGUGUUUACUGUAUAUUGAUUUCCGUUUUCUAUUUGUUUAUACUGAUCAUAACACAAUGAUAAGCUAUACUUUGUAGCAAUGAUAUGCCUGUACAUUCCGGUAUCACUGGUCGGAUAUUUGACCUACGGCGAUUCGAUGAAAAGCUCAAUUAUUGGCAGUAUUCAAAUAACAUGGAUACAACAGAUUGUUAACAUAGCCAUUACAUGUCACUGCAUCUUAUCACUAACCAUCACAAUGAACCCAUUGAAUCAGGAGAUCGAAGACUUCUUUAAAGUGCCUCAUCGUACGUUUUUUAAUAUUAUACUACUUCUUAUGUAAACAUAGUAAGCUAAUAACUCUAACAACUGAAGAAGUAUGGAUCUCUUUACUACAGUAAUGAAGUGGUAAUUAUAUUACAGUACUUGUUAUACCUCUAAGUAUAGCCUCUUUAUAUACUGAGUCUUACCUUAAUACUUGUUUUUAGGCUUCAACUUGAAGCGAGUACUAGUACGAACCAUGACAAUGGUAGCGGUCGUCUUUGUGGCCGAGUCCAUCCCCAACUUUGGCCCACUAUUAGACCUGAUCGGCGGUAGUUCAAUGGCACUAAGUGGACUAGUCUUCCCAUGUUUGUUCUACCUUCGACUAAAGGCCAGCUCGGCAGAAAACAAUGAUGGGAAGGCGGUGGAUCCACACAGUCUCAGCAUCAAAGAGUAAGUAAAUUAGCUUAAUCAUAUACCCCUAAGGUCAUUUUUAUAGAAAGAGUAAGUCCGGUACCUUAACGAUAUACCCUAAGACUGGUUUAUUAGAUUGUCCUGAGCUCCCUUUCAACGCAAAUUUUCAAGGUUAGAGGCACAGAAUUAUUUGAACAAACUAAUAUAAAUUUCCUCAAACAAGAAGAGUAGCUUCAACAUAAAACAUAUGAUUUCAGCACACUAGCCAAGAAUAAUAUCCAGACCAAUAUCAUAAGCAUGUUCAUCAUCAUCAGCGCCUUCUUCUUUAGUCUAGCUACGUCAGGUUCGGCCAUCUACUCAUUAUCUUCAGCACAAUUCGUAGUACCAUGCUAUCUGCAGCCCUUCUUUGGUGCUGACCGGGUUGAUGGUGUGGUUGGAGCGGUGGACUGUUGUGGCCAUUGGCAGAACGUGACACGAAGUGAUGACAUCAAGUGUUCUCGCGUCGAUAUGGGCAUGUACGAAAUAAACUAA